UCAUGUGAUUAUUCUGUCUGUGUGUCGCAGGAAGAAACAUCAGAAAAUAAAUAUUGGUUUGGGCAUCUAGUUUUAGAGACAAAAUGUUGGCCCUCUUUCAGAGAAUUUUAGACUGGUUCAAAAGUUUAUUUUGGAAGGAAGAAAUGGAAUUAACUUUGGUCGGGCUUCAGUACUCAGGGAAAACAACGUUUGUUAAUGUCAUAGCCUCUGGGCAAUUCAGUGAAGAUAUGAUUCCCACAGUUGGUUUUAAUAUGAGAAAGAUUACAAAAGGAAAUGUCACAAUAAAGCUAUGGGACAUUGGUGGGCAACCAAGAUUCCGAACAAUGUGGGAGAGAUACUGUCGUGGAGUGAAUGCUAUUGUAUACAUGGUAGAUGCGGCAGAUCAUGAUAAGAUAGAACCAUCAAAGAAUGAGCUCCAUCAUCUCUUAGACAAACCCCAGCUUCAGGGUAUCCCAGUAUUAGUGUUAGGCAACAAGAGAGACUUACCAGGGGCACUUGAUGAAAAGGAGUUAAUAGAAAGAAUGAAUUUAUCAGCCAUUCAGGACAGAGAAAUCUGUUGUUAUUCUAUAUCCUGUAAAGAAAAAGAAAAUAUUGAUAUAACAUUACAGUGGCUAAUACAGCACUCAAAGUCUGGACGAUAAAGACACCGUGCAAAGUAGACAAUAAUUUUUUUUUCCCUAGAGAACCAAUGCAUUAUGGACAACAAACAAACUCAACAAACUCUCAGUUUUCUGACAGAAAUACAGGGUUACUGCCCUUUGCUUGUCGGUGAGCCUUCCAUUAAGAAGAUGAUUCAAGUAAUACAGUUUUAUUGUGGGUAUUUAGCACAAACUAAGUUAGAGAUAUUGAAUGUUGUGUAUUAUUUGAUACAACUAUUUGCGUGAUUGUUUACACUGUGUAUAUAUGUAUAUGGGCAGGAUGUAUUUUUUUUUUUGGUUGCUUUUUUAAAUAAAUCAAUAAUGCAAAAUAUGUAUAAUAAUUAAGAUAUAUAUGGAGUGCGAGUAUUUUUGUAGUCCAAGUGCAAAGGCAAAAGUAGGUAUGUAUUGAAAGUUAUUUUGAAAGGUGUGAAAGGAAUGCAAGUGGUCAUUAUACAGAAGGGGAAAAACAACCUGUAUGCAGUAGCUUCAGCAUUGUGUUUUUAUUUUUUUAUUGACAUAAGGAAUUAGUGUGGUAGCUGAGUGUUUUGAUGUUUGUAUUGACUUUCAUUUGAUUGUAAAUCAUAAUAAUUGAAUAGCCAUUCCAAAACAAAAUGUUAUUAUCCUUGGUGUAUUUUGAUGAUAGGCUAUAAUUAAGCUUUUCCUUCAUGAAUGUAGAGUCGCAGAAAAAAACAUGUUUGAAUUGAAAAAUGUACACCGUGCUCUGAUUUUGUAAACAUGAAUGCUUAAAUAUGAAGUUUACAACAGAAACAGGUACAUUUAAUAUUAGUGCAAUAUUGGUGAUGGGGAAAAGAUUUCAUUUAAGAAAUUUUGAUCAAAAUUCAAUACCUGAAAUGUAUGAUGGCAAAGUUGGGUGCACAAAGGUAUAAUAAGAGAUUGUAUUUUUUUUAAUAAUACUAGUCUAAAAUACAUUUUUGAUAAUGAUGAGAAACUAGAAGUAUAAUGCAAAAUGUUAGAUUGCCAAGAGGAAUCUUAUGAGGAAAAAAAAGAAUUGGAGAAUUUUGACUAGGGUCUUAUGAAAUGAGAGGAGAAUAUAAGUAUUGAAAGAUAUGCAAAACAUUUAAUACUAGUGUUGGUUGUAUACAUAUAUGUUGUAAAUUGGAGAUUUGAACAAUUCAAUGAUUACAGAAUCUUUGUGAAAACAGAAUUUUCUUCCCAUAGCAAAGUUAAAUCUGUUCCAUCACAGAUUUGAAUAAUUAUCUUAAAUGUGAUCAGUAGAGUUUUUCAGCAUAUUUCUGUGUUGUUUAGAAUAUAUUAUUACUUGUACCUUUAAAUUUUAAUGAUAUUUUUAGGUAAAAAUUAAAAAAAAAAAUACGUACUACAUGUAAGCUUAAAUUAAAAACAGGAACUACACACUUUUUUAUAAUUACUAAAAAUAUCAAUGACAUUGAUCACACAUGCCAACACUGGGCUUAUAUGCAGCUGUUGUGAAAUAUGGUUUCCCAAAAAGAUUUAUUUUAAUAUCUAUAUGAAAAAUAAAAUUGCCUGAUAAUUUUAAAAAGUGUAAUUUAAAAUACUGUAUUAAUCAUUUUACAAUCCAGGAAAGUGCAGAUAAUUUUAAUAUCUUUGAAAAUGGAACCUGAUUACCCAAUUUUUUGAUAACAGCCAUUAAUGUUCAAUGUAUAUAUAAGCUUUGUGUUUUGUGUGACAUGAAUUAAGACUUUAGAACAAACAUUUAGUCUUGUGCAUAAAUAUUUUUAUUUAUUACUCAACUGUUCACAUCUGUAGGAUUUCAUCAGAAUAAGUAUACAUUUUGUUUUGUUAAUGUGUAAAACAUUGAUAUAUUUCUAUGUUAUU